ACGGACAGCUGUCCGGGUACAUGGAGGCAGAGACGGCCCGUGUCACCGUCCGAUACUGACCGCGGCUGUGCAACCGAGUCCGGGUGAUUUGUGCUGGAGAGGUGUCGGUGUGUUAGCUCCGGUGACAAAAGGCAUGUUUGGUGCUAGAAAGAAAUUUGUCGAGUUCGUCGAGGUUGUCGAUAACGACUUCUCUGAUGAAAGCAUGUACUACAAUCAGCCGUCGAUGUUCCCACAUCGAUCGGACAAAGAUAUGCUCUCCUCUCCCUCACCAUCGUCGUCAGGUCAGCUGUCGCAGCUCGGUGCAAGUUUGUAUGGUCCACAAAGUGCACUGGGCUUUUCAGUCAGGGGCAUGGGGAACAGCACACCUCAGUUAAACCGAAAUCUAACGCAAGGCACGCAGCUAACAAGUCAUAUCACUCCCACAACAGGAGUCUCCACCAUGUCCCUCCAUACCCCUCCGUCACCAAGCAGGGGGACGUUGCCAAUGAACACGAGGAACAUGCUGAACCACUCUCAGGUCAGUCAAAGCAUUGGGAUGAGCGGCAGGACCAAUAGUAUGGGCAGCUCGGGGCUGGGCAGCCCCAACCGCAGCUCACCCAGUAUCAUCUGUAUGCCCAAACAGCAGCCAGCACGUCAGCCCUUCACCAUAAACAGUAUGUCAGGAUUCGGUAUGAACCGCAACCAGGGUUUUGGGAUGAACAACUCGUUAUCAAGCAACAUCUUCAAUGGCACAGAUGGGAGUGAAAAUCUAACGGGACUGGAUCUGUCAGACUUCCCUGCGUUAGCAGACAGGAGUCGAAGAGAAGGGACUGGAAACCCAACACCGGUGCUCAACCCUCUGGCUGGAAGGGCUCCCUAUGUUGGCAUGGUGACAAAGCCAUCAACAGAACAGACACAGGAUUUCUCCAUCCAUAACGAGGACUUCCCUGCACUGCCUGGCCCAAACUACAAGGACCCCACGUUGAACAAUGACGACAGCAAAACUAACUUGAACUCUACAAGCAAGAGCACAUCCAAUGCAGACGGGCCCAAGUUCCCCGGAGACAAGACGGCCUCAGCACAGAACAACAACCAGAAGAAAGGGAUCCAGGUGUUGCCCGAUGGUCGGGUGACGAACAUUCCCUCAGGAAUGGUGACGGACCAAUUCGGCAUGAUCGGCCUGCUGACGUUUAUCCGGGCGGCAGAGACUGAUCCUGGGAUGGUCCAUCUGGCGCUGGGGAGCGACCUCACGACACUGGGACUCAACUUAAACUCACCAGAAAACUUGUACCCCAAGUUCGCCUCGCCGUGGGCCUCAGCACCUUGUCGACCUCAAGACAUCGACUUCCACGUUCCCUCUGAGUAUUUAACCAAUAUCCACAUCAGGGACAAGUUGGCUGCAAUCAAACUGGCUCGAUAUGGUGAAGACCUGUUGUUCUACCUGUACUACAUGAACGGUGGAGACCUGCUACAGCUUUUGGCGGCAGUAGAGCUCUUUAACCGUGACUGGAGGUACCACAAAGAAGAGCGGGUUUGGAUAACAAGGGCGCCUGGCAUGGAGCCUACACUGAAGACCAACAACUAUGAGAGGGGCACCUACUACUUUUUUGAUUGUCUUAACUGGAGGAAAGUAGCCAAGGAGUUUCAUCUGGAGUACGACAAGCUGGAAGAGAGGCCUCACGUGCCAACAACGUUCAACUACAACCCAGCCCAGCAGGCCUUCUAAGGCCCGACCAGUCCAAAGGCGGCAGCUGCUCCCGCGCACAGCGUUGUCGUGCAGGGGGGGUUCUCACAGCCUGGUUUUUAUUCCUCGAGGAUUGGCUCAAUGACUGCCGGGGUCAUCGCCACCAUCAAAACUGCCCUGCCUUUCCAAAAUUUACAUGCUGCCCAAAACACCAACACUUGUUCUGUUUUUAUUCUUUAUGUUCAUCCUGUUGUUUUUUUUGUCUUGUUUCGAGCAGGGUCUGUGUUAUGUUUACGUCUCUGAAUCUGAAGCCUGUUUUUCUCCCGGAGAGGAGGACUGACCUUGUGGCACAGGACAGUGACAGAACAAGGGUUAACGCCUCAUAUUUACAGCAAGUGUUAAGAACAGAGAAAAGAGCGGGGAAAGCAAAGUUAACUUCGUCAGACUCAAGUGAAAGGGUGAAAGAAAUGCAAUGUUUAUUGUUGCACUAUAUUUAGUAAUAAAAGAACACAAAAUUUG